GUUCGAGGAAAUUUGAAGUAAAUGCUGGAAUUUUGUAUGGGCAGCAACGAAUGAGUAGUAGUGUUGGGGUUAAGAUUGAUGCUGAGGCUGCCAAGACAUGGAUUUACCCUGACAGCUUGAUUAUAUGCGUAACAACAGCCUAUCUUAAUGGUAAAGUGGGAAUCUAUGGAAACGGUAUUUGUUUUUUGUGCGAAGUGUUGAUGAGCUGAUUCUGAGAUGAGGCUGUUUGAACAAAUGUGUACGAGAAAUAUGACAGAUAUCCUUAUGGACCAUCUUUUAAGAAGGUGAAAUUUUGCAAAUUAAAUGUCCCUCAUCGUGAUUAUCAGUUAUCUAUUACAAGGACUGCACUCUUUGCCAAUACUUUAGUGGUAUUGCCAACAGGAAUUGGAAAAACUCUUAUUGCUGCAGUCUUCAUGUAUAAUUUCUUCAGAUGGUUUCCUGAAGGAAAAAUAGUUUUUGCUUCUCAUUCUCGAGAACUAGUGAUGCAACAAAUAGAAGCUUGUCAUAAGAUUGUUGGAAUUCCGCAAGAGUGGACUAUUGAUCUAACUGGAGGGAUGCUUAGAAGAGCAGAAUUCUGGAAAUGCAAACGCGUUUUUUUUGUUUCUCCACAAGUGUUAGAGAAGGAUAUACAGUCUGGCUCCUGUUUGGUGAAGAAUCUGGUGUGCCUGGUGAUAGAUGAGGCACAUCGUGCAACAGGAAACUACUACUACUGUGGAGCCGUUCGAGAGCUGAUGGAUUCUCCCAUCCAACUAAGAAUAUUAGCAUUGACUGCAACACCUGGAUCUAAACAGCAGACUAUCCAGCAUGUCAUCAACAAUCUUCAAAUAUCUACACUGGAAUACCGAAAUGAAAGUGAUCCCGACGUCAUGUCUUUUGUGCACGAUAGAAACAUAGAAGUAAUUCAGGUAUCAAUGGGUGGUGAAGCAACCGAUAUAGAUAGACUGCUUUUGGAAGCUGGACAUCCAUUCCAUGCCUAUCUUUGCACUUUCGGGGUACUUCCAAACAGAGACGCCCGAACUUUGAGGCCCUGUGAUAUUCUAAAAUCAAGGGAUAUGUUUUCCCACAAGCCGCCUGCGAGUUUUCCUCUAUCAAGGCAUGGUGAAUUCCUGGAUUAUUUUGGAGCUCUUAUUACAUUGCACCAUCUCAGGAAAUUGCUUUCAACCCAUAGUAUAAGGCCUGCAUUUGAGAUGCUUGAUGAAAUUUUGAAACAAGGGUGGUUUGCACGCAUGCUAGGCAGAAAUGAAGCACUUUUGAAAGCAAAACUUUUAAUGCAGAAAACUAUUUCCCGCGGAGCCCCUAGCCCCAAAUUAGUGAAAAUGCUGGAAGUACUGACUGAACAUUUCAAAGUGAAAGAUUCGAAAAACUCCAGGGUGAUAAUUUUUUCAAAUUUCAGGGGUAGUGUCAGGGACAUACUUGAUGCGCUUCAAAACAUCGGGCAAUCCGUUAAAGCAACAGUUUUCAUUGGACAAAACUGGGAAGGACAAUCGCAUGAACUUCUACAAACUGUUUUACAGAAAAUUUGGACAGGCGGGUACAAUGUCAUUGUUGCAACUUCAAUCGGUGAGGAACAUCUUGAUAUCACGGAAUUUGACCUUGUCAUAUGCUUUGAUGCUAACGUUUCGCCUUUGCGGAUGAUUCAACGCACGGGGCGGACUGGGAGGAACAAGCAAGCACGAGUUGUAGUUUUAGCAUGCGAAGGGACGGAAUUGAGUGGUUAUAUGCGAAACCAAGCGAAACAGAGGUCUAUAAGUAAUCUCAUGAUAAAUGGUGGCACCGGCACGAAUGGUUUCAACUUCCACCCCAGCCCAAGGAUGGUUCCACAAUUUCUCGAACCAGAGCUGCGAUUUCUUCAGAUGCCAAUUGGAGAUGUUCCUCGUGGAGUGAGCGAGGGAGUGAACCAAGAGCCAAUGCGCCAUCCGAUUAGAAUGAAGGCACCGAAGGGCGGCUCAAGCAGUGUGACGCCCCCAGAUUCAUCGGAGACGAGGGAGGCGAAUAGAGCAACCAUGUAUCAAGUGGUGCAGAGAGCCUUGUACGCAGACACGAGUACGAUGAACCCACAGCAACAGGAUGUACACUGGAAGAUGAUUCUAGGACUCCAGAAAGAUUUGGGUUUGUAGCCUUGUAAGUAUGUGUAGUUUUUUUUGGCUUUGUUUAGGAUUUUAAGUAUGUAAUGUUGCAGCUUUUUAAGUUAUUUAAUUAUAUAAUUUUCGACUUUA